AUGUAUUUUUUCCUGAGUGAUAUUUUCUUCCUGGAAAUCUGUUAUGUCUCUGUUACUCUUUCCAGAAUAUUCAUAAAUCUUUGGACUCAGAAAAGUAUCCUUUUUUUCUCUGCCCAUGUCACAAAAGUAUGUUUUAUCUUUAUGCUUAGAAACACAGAAUGCUUUCUCCUAAUGGUCUGUGACCGCCAUGUGGCCAUUUGUCACAUUCUGCUCAUGGUUAUGUACCAUGAGCCCUGUAUCUGGCUGCUGAUGACUGGCUGUUGGAUGAGUGGAAUUCCAGUCACAUUAGGGCAAACAUGCUAUCUUUUCUCUCUGCCAUUUAGUGGCUUUAACCAAACUAAUCACUUCUUCUGUGACAUCCUUCCAAUGCUCAAGCUGGCCCGUGGGGACACUUUUCUGAAUGAGAUGCUGGUCUUGACAGUUGCUGUGCUGUUGAUGAUGAUCCCCUUUUUGUUGACACUUGGUUCCUACAGUAAAAUCAUCUCUACCAUCAUGAAGUCACAAACGCUUUCUCCUCUUGCUCAUUUCACAACAUAUGUGGCUCUAUUCUGUGCAUCUGAAAUCAUUACAUAUUUAUAA